AUGCAAGAACCAGCUCUUAAUGUUUACCUUUCGAAUGGUAAUGCUAUUAGCCAAGGUAAUCCUAUUAUCCAAACAUCUGUAUCCCCUCAGGUAUCGCAGCCGCAGUUCGAUCAUUUUCCAUGUGUUUCGAGGCCAAUAAAUCCUCUGCACGAGCAACCCUUAUAUCAACACUUCAGUGAAACGGCAGAUUUAUUUCAACCUGAAAACGGUUGGGCACAGGAUUAUGAAAUACUUCUCGACUUAGUAACAACAGAACCUGAAGACUUGGGCCCUAAUCACAUGAUACGUGCAAUGUUGGUUUUAGCAAGGAUCAUGAAUCUUGUAGCAAAUAUUAUAAGGGAGGAUCAAAUCUUCAAUGGCGAUUUUUUGGAUCCAUUACAGCUCGCAUUAGAACAAUUUCGACAAAAUGCUGUUGAAUAUUGCAAUGCAAACGAAUUCUCUUCCGUACCCGAAGACCAAUGACUUUUCUUAUAUGAAUUUUGGCUGUAAUAAGUCAUAAAUUCUAUUUUUAACAAUUUCCAAACAUUCGUCAAUAAUUUGUCAUCCUCUUGAAACUAAUAAGC